AUGCAUCCGCAGAAGUCCAUAAGCGAUUCCAGAGAGGUGGGUAGUGCGGGUGGGGUGGGCGUGGCAUCAGUGACCGAGGGAGCAGUUGCGCAGAGGGCUGCCUGCUGCCGGCCGCACAGCCACAGGCGCGUCCACGUCGGCGCCUUCGUCGAUCAGCAGCUGCGCCGCGUCCGCCUGCAACACACGCGCCCGCUCGCUCUUCAGCUUUAUUUGUUUGUUUGUAGACGACAAAGAGUUCGCAGCAGGGGCGUGGAACCAUGCUGUGAAGAGGUGCUGAAGCUCUUCAAGCGAAACAGCCACUACACACACAGACAGACAGCCACAGAGACAGCCACAGAGACAGCCACAGAGACAGCCACAGAGACAGCCACAGAGACAGACGCAGAGACAGCCACCGCUACCACUACUACUACCACCCCCACUACCACCACUACCACCCCCACUACCACCACUACCACCCCCACUACCACAAAAGAAAGAAAGGGGAAAGAAAGGGAAAGAAAGAAAAGAAAGAAAAAGAAAGAAAGAAAGGAAAAAGAAAGACAAAAGAAAGAAAAGAAAGGAAAGAAAGAAAUGAAAGAAAGAAAGAAUAAGAAGAAAGAAAAGAAAAGAAAAGGAGAGAAAAGGAAAGAAAGAAGAAGAAAAAGAAAGAAAGAAAAGAAAAAGGAAAGAAAAGAAAGAAAAGAAGGGAAGGGAAGGAAGGAAGAGAAGAAUAGGAAGAAAAAAUUAAAUAACUACGUGUAA